AUGAUUUCCUCAAUUAAACCGGUUUUACCUUCCUUAACUGCAAUCGUCGGCAUUGGGAUCUAUUUCGCAAUUUGGUGGGCAUUGAACGGUGUGUUCAAUAACUACAACAAGAAGGUUUUGAAUGCUUUUCCUUACUUGUGGCUAACUUUGACGCUUUCUCUUGCUUGUGGCUCUUUGAUGAUGCUUGUCUCUUGGGUGGCUUUGGCGCAUACAAUUGGACAUGUUGAAGCGAUAGUGAGUAUGUCUAAAGUAGUAGUGUCCUUCACACACACAUCAUCAAAAGCAGUGAGGCAGCCUUUAGCGUCCUUGUCUCAAGCCUCUUCUUGGGCGAGAUGUGCUCUUGCUGCUGUUAUGGAGCUCAACUUCAAUAUGAUAGGGUUUAUGGGGGCAAUGAUAUCGAAUUUGGCGUUUGUGUUUCGUAACAUAUUCUCAAAGAAGGGAAUGAAGGGGAAGUCAGUGAGUGUGAUGAAUUACUAUGCUUGCUUAUCUAUGAUGUCUCUUCUCAUUGUUACUCCUUUCGCCAAUUCUGUGGAAGGUCCCCAAAUGUGGGCUGAUGGUUGGCAAAACGAUGUCUCUAAAUCGGACCAAACUUUGUCUAGUAAGUGGGUAGUGGCACAUAGUGUUUUCUACCAUUUGUAUAAUCAAGUCUCAUACAUUCCUCGUUGCCUCAAUCAUCAUCUUCCAAACCCUCUUAAACAUGUCAAUGCCCUGGGUGCUGCCAUCGCGAUUCUUGGAACUUUCAUUUAUUCUCAGAUAAAAAAUAGAGUGAAGAAAAAUCAUAUUCUGCUUGUUCUUUGUCUAGGAAUGCUUGAACCUUUAGUGAUAACUCUAUGA